UGGGAAUUUGACGACGUCGUGUCACGUGUGUCGCGCUAAGAGUCAUAUGGCACGUGCUCAAAGCCCGUGCUUCCGCGUCAUCGAAAGAGUGAUUGUAGGUGGGGGACAAGGUCGCGUGGUCGCGUAGGCAUUAUUUCGCAAAGCUUCGAGUAAAAUGCCCCCCAAACGUCGUGCUGCUGCAUCUAGCAAGCCAGCGCCCAAGAAGCGCCCAUCCAAACUCGCCAAAGAACAUGGUUUGACUGCAGAACAAGAGGCUGAGAUUCGAGAAGCGUUCGGUCUGUUCGCGGUGAAUCACCCAGACCAUGAAGACUCAAAGGAGGGUGCGAUACGGAGAGACGAUGUGCGAAGAUGUUUAAUAUCUCUGAAUCUCGCACCCGACAAAUCCGAGCUUCCUGACAUCCUCUCGACGAUAGACCCGCUGAAUACAGGCUUCGUUCCAUUUGUUCCUUUCCUUUCGUACGCCGCCAUCGCUAUGCAAUCAAAAGAGGAGGGAUCAGAUGAAGACAUGGGGGACGAUGACUAUGACGAAGAAAGCAAUAUGGAGGAGGUCAGGACAGCUUAUACUUUGUUCACACAUGGCAGUACCGGGCCCAUCACGUUAGCACAUCUACGGAGGGUCGCGAAAGAGCUAAGGGAGGACAUUCCAGACGAUGUAUUGAAAGACAUGAUUCGCGAAGCGAACGGAGCACCCCAGGGAAAAGGAAAUCCAGGAGGCGUAAACCUUGAAGACUUUGAGAGCGUCAUGAAGAGGGCUGGGGUGUCUUUUGGUUAAGGGAUCUCAGCUGGCUUGGAAGCGUUGGACGACCGUAUAAUGGAUGAUUCCCCGAUGUUUAGCAU